CCUUGCUUGCUUUGACGCUCAGCUGAGCUCGUUCAGAUUGGCACGAAGUAAAGGCAUUACCACAUCUGUAGCAUAUGUACCCUCAUUUUGUUCAUUGCGUGCCAUACUGCUUGAAAAUGCUACACUUCUCCGCUAA